AUGCCAAGCGCAACGUCGCUUCCGCCGGGUCCUGACCCCACCCUCCACCUCCCGCGCAUCCUCUGCCUCCACGGCGGCGGCGUCAACGCAUCCGUCUUCAAGGUUCAGUGCCGGGCUCUCAUCUCCCGCCUCAAGAACGACUUCCGUCUCGUCUUUGUCGACGGGCCCUUCAUCUGCGCCCCGCACCACGACAUCGUCUCCGUCUACGGCGACUAUGGGCCGUUCCGUCGCUGGCUGCGAUGGCUCCCCGAGCACCAGGCCGUCGACGCCGAGACAGCCUCGGCCGAGAUCCACUUCCAGCUGCGCAUGGCCAUGGACGACGACGAUGCCCUCGGCGCCACGGGCGAGUGGGUCGGUCUGUUGGGCUUCAGCCAGGGAGCCAAGAUCAGUGCGAGCUUGAUGUACACGCAGCAGAUGCUCAAGCAGAAGUACGGCAAGCGCAUCGCGUCGGCGGGCGGCUCGGCGGACUGGAAGUUCGGAGUGUUGCUGGCCGGGCGGGCGCCAUUGAUCGUGCUGGACGACCGGUUAGAGGCGGCGCAGGGUGUCGGUGAUGCCGCCGAGGCAAGCGUCGAGUUCCAUGACUGGCCAAACGGCUCGUCCAACGAUCACAUCCUCAAGCUCCCGACGAUCCAUGUGCACGGCCUUAAGGACGCCGGGCUGGACCAUCACCGGAGGUUGUUGAAGCAGUACUGCCAGCCGGGGACAACGCGGCUGGUUGAAUGGGAUGGCGCACACCGCGUCCCGAUCAAGACGUGGGACGUGGAGGCGGUUGCGUCGCAAAUACUGGAUCUGGGGCGUGAGCUUGGGGUCGUGAGUCAAAAGGAGAAUGCCGCCAUCGUCCGCGACCUCUCACCGCGUGGUAUACACACCCGUUGGAACGGCAUGAUAGCCCCUCUUCCCGACCCUGUGCGUCAGCUCACUCCUCCAGUCCUCCCCUCGGGCGAGCUUCUCAAUGGCCUUUUCAAAAGUCCACUCGGGCCUCCACCCGAGCUCCCUGACCGCCCUCGAAGAGUCGUACACCCGGUCCAGCCGGUCCAGGAACCUCCAUCCAAGCUUCUCAAACACAGCCGCGCACCCGGGCACGGCCUCCCGAAAAACGGCGCCCGCGUCUGCAUCCAAGCGCCGCAGAAGCGCCGGGGCCCCUCCGUCCGCGUCGUCGGCCCGCGAGAACGGCGGCGGGGCGGAGACGAUGUACUUCGCGAAGCCGAUGUCGGCCGCCCUCGCCAUGGCGCACACCACGGCGGAGACGACGUCGGCGAUGUCCGCCCGGCGGUAGGCCAGCUCGCAGACCUUGAGGUUCGCGUCGGCCAUGGCGGCGCGGCGGUCCUCGUCGUCGUCGGCCUCGGGGAAGAAGCGAGACGUGCGGAGGACGAGCACGGGGAGGGAGGACUGGCGGUGGGCGAGGGCGCAGAGGUCCUCGGCCGCGCACUUUGUCGCGCCGUAGAUAUUCUUGGGGACGGGGACGACGGACUCGUCGAUCCAGGCGGCGGGCCGUCCCGGGGCCGGGGACAGGGCGCCGCCAAACGCCGAGGUCGUCGAGACGAAGACGAAGGACGCGAUGCGCGCGGGGCCCAGGGCGGCGGCCUCCUCGAGGAGGACGAGGGUGCCGGUGAUGUUUGUGUCGACAAAGGCGGACUUUGGGUGCGACUCGACGUGGGGCUUGUGCAGGGUCGCUGCGUGGACAAUGUGGUUCUGGGCGAGAACGGCGGCGACGAGGGGGCGGUCCGUGACGGAGCCGACGACGGUAGUCGUCUCCGAGGGGAGGAUGUCGAUGCCCAAGGGGGUGUGGCCCUGCGAGGGGAGCGUGAGCAUGAGGGCGGCGCCGAGGUGGCCGGACGAUCCGGUGACGAGGACGGUGUAGGGUGA